UUGGCCUCAUGAAGAAGGAGGACGCCAUCCGCUUCCCCAGCGAAGAAAGCUACCCCAAGCCUCCAAUGGAGUAUCGGGUUAGUUUUGUUGAUCACUUAAUCCGCGGCCUUUCGACCCCAAUCCACGAUUUCCUCCGCGGCCUUCUUUUCGUUUAUGGGAUUCAACUGCAUCAGUUGACCCCUAAUUCCAUCCUUCACAUUUCUAUUUUCAUCACGCUUUGCGAAUGUUUCCUCGGAAUCCCUCCCAAUUGGGUUCUGUGGAAACGCAUUUUCUGCCUCCGCCGCAAUGGCUCCCACAACGUCACUUAUAACAUAGGUGGCGUUGUUAUCUGUGUUCGUACUGAUGUCGAUUAUUUCGACGUCAAAUUUCCUGAUUCUGUCCAAGGAUGGCGCAAAAAGUGGCUCUACAUUCACGAAGAAAGCGCCAACUCCGUUGAACACAACAUAGUUCCUUUCGACGGAAGUGCCAGAAUCCAGCGCCGCCGCUCCUGGGAUGCCGAAGUUUCUGAAGAAGAGAAAAAGGCGACAGAGGCACUCAUGUCUCGUAUCCAUCAGCUGCAAAACACUCGAGGCAAAGAACUGUCUGGUGUUCAAAUCACUGCCUACUUCCUUAGGAUUAGGGUGCAGCCUCUUCAGGCUCGCAAAAAUCCCCUCUGGACGUAUUCUGGUGAAAACGACGCCAAUAGAAUCUCCGACGAUCUUUCUGCAAAGGACUUGGAGAAGUUGAUCCGAAGAGUUUCCCGCUUGGCAAAAAAGGAUCCUAUUCCUUCCGCUUGUCGCGUGGAACCAUACAGCUCCGCCAAUCCUCUCCCCGAGAACCAUCCUACUAUGACUUCCCUUCCUCCUCUUCCUGAGGAUGGAGAAGUCGAAGAACGGGGCAUCGUUGCCGAAGAUACCCCAGGUUCUUCUAUUCCUGAAAGUGAAGUCGCGGGUUCCCACAAAUCUGCGGCUUCCCAUGAAAAGGAAGUUGAAUCUGAGGCCAGUGAAUCGACGCAAUCCCUUCCUCCUGCAGUUUCCCCAAAGAACAAAAGGAAAAGGCAUGAUGCCGAGGAUUCUGGCACUUCUAAGGCUGAAAAAGCUGGUCCUUCUAAUCCGAAGGCAGCUUACGAUCCUUAUGUUGAAUCCCUCAUCAGCUCUGAUGAGGAGGAAGAAGUACCAGUUACUGACGUGGCUCCUCGAACAAGCACGUCACGUACUGUACUUGCCUCAGACACGCUAGUUGAAGGAGAAGAAACGUCGCCUCCUCAACAAGACGUCGUCACCACUACUCCGCCAUCAAGCCCCCGUGUCCCUUCACCAAAAAGGGCAAGGGUUGAAAAGAUUGUGAUUGAAUCUGGGCAGUUCACCUCGCCCCCAUCAGGAGUCCACCAUGAAUCACACCGGAGUCCACCAAGCUCCGAGCUCGCUCGCUGCCCACCGCUCGACCUCGGCGCCAAGAAAGAAAUGCCUGUUGCCUGA